UUACUCCGCGUCGCUAGGGGGCGAUCGCGGGACCGACGUCGUUGUAACUUCAGAGGUUAAAGUUCAUGAGUGUGACAGCGCCACAUGCGUGUUGUUGUGUUGUUGCUGGACUCUUGGAGGAUUUUACUGCUCGAGGUUACUUCUUCGUGGUCGUCUUGGGUCUUUGGACCAGGCUCCUGAGGUGAGAUGAGGAACCUGAAGCUGCUGAAGAGUCUGCUGAGCUCGGAGCUGCAGGGUCCGGGUUCCCCGCUGUGUUUCUCUGUGAGGAACGACACUGGGUCGCUGCUGAUCGCCUCUCAGUUCUCCAUCACGGAGUACGACCCCCGGACCGGUCAGGUUGUGAGUGAAGCCUCCCUGACGGCGGACGGUUUCCUCCCGGAGGACGGCAGCGGGUUGGUGGUCGGACUCCAGGACCUGGCCGAGCUAGAGUCUGCGUGUUUGGCCACUUCAGGCGGAGACGUCGUUCUCUUCAACCUGAACACCUGCCAGUUGGAGUGUGUUGGCAGUGUUGACAGCGGCCUCACAUCCAUGAGCUGGAGUCCUGAUGAAGAGCUGGUUAUUCUCACUACUGGUCAGGAAACGAUCAUCAUGAUGACCAAAGACUUUGAGCCCAUCACUGAGAUCGGGAUCCACCAGGACGACUUCGGUGAAGGGAAGUUCAUCACUGUGGGUUGGGGGAAGAAAGAGACUCAGUUUCAUGGCUCGGAGGGAAAACAGGCGGCGCAGAAGAAGAUCCAGGAGGUGCAGCCGGCCGUAGCCUGGGACGACCGCAGGGCGCGUGUCACGUGGCGAGGCGACGGUCAGCUGUUCGCCGUCAGCGCCAUCUGUCCCCAGACCGGAGCCAGGAAGGUCCGGGUCUGGAACAGAGAGGGCGUCCUGCAGGCCACCAGCGAGCCCAUCAACGGCCUGGAGCAGGCGCUCUGCUGGAAACCGUCAGGAAGCCUGAUAGCGAGCACUCAGCGUCAUCCCAACAAACACAGCGUGGUGUUCAUGGAGAAGAACGGACUGCUGCAUGGAGACUUCACUUUGCCGUUCAGUAAAGACCAAACCAAGGUGAAGGAGCUGCUGUGGAACAGUGACUCCACUGUUUUAGCUGUUUGGUUGGAGGACAUGACGCCCGGGGACGAUGGACACGUCAACAGUUGCAUCCAGCUGUGGACGGUUGGGAACUACCACUGGUACCUGAAGCAGAGCCUGGACUUCGGCAGAGACCCUCAGAAGGCUCCUGUCUGCGUCUGCUGGGACCCGGAGCGCCCCCUACGGCUCCACGUGGUGACCCGCAGCUGGACCAGCGUCACCUAUGACUGGGGCUGGACGACCGAGCGCAGCCCCGGGGUGGACGCCACCGACAACGCCAACGUGGCCGUGAUCGAUGGAGAAAAGAUCCUGGUGACGACCUUCAGGCAGUGUGUGGUUCCUCCUCCCAUGAGUUCGUUCGAGCUCCAGUCGAAGUCACCGGUGAACCAGGUGACCUUCCUCAGCCGACCUCAGGGGACCAAUCAGCUCGCAGCGUUUACCGCCGAUGGACAGGUGUUGGUUUACGGCCGAGAUUCAGGGGAAACGUCCGACAAAAGAGCAGACGGCUUCAGGAUUGUUUCUCCUUCGCUGGUCCUCCAGAAAACUUUCAGACUCCCGGGGGUUCAGGACGUCCCUCUUUCCCUACGUCAUCUGCUGUGGCUGGAGGAUGAUCUGUUUGUAGCCGUUCGUUCUGGUCUGAUUCCAACCUCCUCCACGCUGCUGAUGCUCCGCCCUGGUCAGGAUGAUGGCGACACGCUCGCUGUCAGGUCGGAGGUGGAAGUGGACGGCGUUGUGGUCAGUGUGGUUCACUGCUCUCAGACUGGAACUGUGGCCCUGCAGCUGGAGGAUGGACAGAUCAGAAAACUGCUCUGGGACCGUCCUGAGCCGUCAUUGGACGAGUGGCGCGACUCCAGCGGCUGUAGCAUCAACUUUCCUGUUCCCUGCAUGCAGACGUCCCUCUGCAGCAUCGGCGGAGAGGAAUAUCUCCUCGGCCUGACGGACAGAUCCCACCUGUACGCUGGAGACACAGAGUUGGCCUCCAACGUUUGCUCCUUCGCCGUUUGCAACGACUUCCUCCUCAUCACCACGCACUCCCACACCUGCCGCUGCCUCCAACUGAGCGCGCUCACACUCAAAGGGCUGCAGACGGUUUUGGCCUCAGACGGAGGUCAGAACGACGAGACGCUCCGACGAGUGGAGAGAGGAUCCAGGAUCGUCACCGUGGUGCCUCAAGACACAAGAGUGAUUCUGCAGAUGCCUCGUGGAAACCUGGAGACCGUACAUCACAGAGCGCUGGUGUUGGCUCAGCUCAGGAAGUGGUUGGAUGGUUUGAGAUUCAGAGAAGCCUUCGAGUGUAUGAGGAAGCUGAGGAUCAACCUGAACCUCAUUUACGAUCACAACCCAAAGGUGUUCCUGGAGAACAUAGAGACCUUCAUCACACAGCUGGACUCCAUCAACCACAUCAACCUCUUCCUCACCGAGCUCAAAGAGGAGGACACCAGCAGCAGCAUGUACCCCCGUCCUGACAGCAGUGCAGCCCGGCCUCCGCCUGCCUCCGGCCAGAAGAAGGUGGACGUGGUUUGUGACGCCCUACGCAGCGCAAUGGAGUCGAUGGAUCCAAACAAGUUCUGUCUGUCCAUACUGACGUCUCAUGUGAGGAAGACGGUUCCAGAGCUGGAGGUCGCUCUGCAGAAAGUCCACGAGCUCCGAGAAAACCCUCCUGCAGCUCCGGGUGCCGUGAGCGCCGAGGAGGCGUUGAAGUACCUCCUCUUCCUCGUCAACGUUAACGACCUGUACGAACACUCGCUGGGAACGUACGACUUCGACCUCGUGCUCAUGGUGGCAGAGAAAUCCCAGAAGGACCCCAAAGAGUACCUUCCCUUCUUAAACAUGCUGAAGGGCCUGGAGCCGAACUACCAGCGCUACACCAUCGACAAACACCUGAAACGCUACAGGAAGGCCUUGCUGCACCUCAGCAAGUGCGGGGGGGAACAUUUCCCUGAAGCGCUGCAGCUGGUGAAGGAGCAGAAACUCUACAGUGAAGCUCUGAGACUGUACCCGGCAGACAGCGAUCACUACAAGGCCCUGAGCUGCGCCUACGCCGAACACCUGGCGGAGCAGCAGCAGGUGGAGCAGGCCGGCCUGUUGCUAUGGCGAUGCGGGGAGCCGGCCGGCGCCCUGCGAGCGUUCGCCAGCAGCUCCAGCUGGAGAAACGCCAUCUGCGUGGCGCAGCAGAUUCCGCUACCGCCCGACCAGCUCGCUCUGCUGGCCAGGGACCUGGCAGAGAAGCUGACAGAGCAGAGGAGGUACUCAGAAGCUGCUCUGCUGUUGGACCAAUACGCCAAAGACUGUGAGGAAGCCAUCUUGGCUCUGAUCACCGGUGCAGUCUGGGAGGAGGCGCUCCGAUUGAUUUACAUGCACAACAGACAAGACAUCACUGAAACUAACCUGAAACCUGCGCUGUUAGAAGCCGUCAGUAACCAGACCGUCUUCCUGGAGGCUCAGACGGGGACGUUCUCCAGACACCGGACCCGUCUGGCCGUGGUCCGCGAGCUGAAGGAGAAGGCCAGGCUGGACAUGCUGGAUGAAGAUGGUCCAGACUGUCCUGAUGCUGAGCUCUACUCUGAGGCCAGCAGCGUUAUGACCGGUUCCAAAUACUCCCAGAGCAACUCGCGCAUCUCCUCGAGAUCAUCGAAGAACCGGAGGAAAGCAGAACGAAAGAAGCUGAGUCUGAAGGAAGGGAGCCCGAUGGAGGACAGAGCUCUGAUGCAGGCGCUGGGGGAGAUCAUCACCACCGUGGACAAGAUGAGAGAGGAAAUCCACGGGCUGCUGAAGGCCCUGGUGCUGUUCCAGUUCGACAGACAGGCCGAGAAGCUGCAGCUGGUCUACGAAGAAGCUCUGCAGGCGAUGGAGGCGGCUGUUCCCGAGGUCUGGCCCGAAGGCCUGCAGAACAGCCAAGCCCCGCUCACUGGACCAAACUCCACUGCAAACAGCAUCAUGGCUUCUUACCAGCAGCAGCAGAGACCUGCAGCUUCACCACAAGGAGAUCCUGAGGUCCCGACGGCACCGAAGAUGAGGAACGGCGUCAAGUGGAAGCUGGCUAUGCUUAAGUAAACUACUCUAGUUUUUAGUACUUUUAACUGUUAUACGAUGUGUUUAUUAUGUAAUAAAUAAAGAUUCAUUUUAAAAUGGACAGAAAUAACAACGUGA